GUAGUAAAAGCUACGUGUAUUACAUUGAAAAAUUAAUAGCAAAUUAAGUUAACUGAAAAUCAUAAUUUGUUAUCAAAUUUUUUUUUGAAGUGUAAGGCUAGAGGAAAUGAACUGCAAACUUUUUGAAAGUAUUAUGUAUACAACUAUGUGUAUUAACUAAAAGGCUUUUUAUCUCAACUUAAAAACCUUAAUUAAUUGAAUGUUAUUAAUUGGUCAAUUGCGGACCACGAAAUUAGUGAAAUUAACUAAAAGUUUCAAAUGCAUUUGUACAAGGCUCGGAAAAAUAUAUGAAAGCAUAUAAAUCCAAUCCCUAUUUAUGAUCAACUCUCUAUCUGGAAGGUGCAUUUUCAAUUUUUGAAAUUUCAUGAUGGAUUUUGUUAAAGAGUUAUAAAUCCUUUUGGAUAGAAUAAUCACUUGCAAUAACAAGUAGGUCCUGCACAUACCAUCGGUUUUCAUGUGAAACCUAGAAAAUUUGUAAUCAUUAUUUUACGACUACAAAUUGUUGUACACUAUGAGCUUUUGAUUCCAGGGCAAACCAUCACAGGAGAUUUAUUGAUGGAAACUACAACAAAAGAACCCCUCCACUAAGGCAACGCCUACAGCACCAUAAAAGCAUAGAAAGUUCCAGUAAUUUACUGACAAUCAUUUAAACUACACCUUUUUCCAAAAUAAUAUAAAGGCAUUCCCUCUUAAUAAGAAUUUUUUUAAAAAAUGGCUGAAAUGUUAAUGAUGAGCAAAGUUUCAAGUGACGAAGAAACAUCAUCAGUUGUGUCAAAUAAAGUUACCAUUGUUGGAUGUGGUCAAGUUGGAAUGGCAUGCGCCUUCUCUUUAUUAUCCAUGAAUGUUACUGGCAAUGUUGUCUUGACAGACAUAGAUGCCAAAAAAUUGAAAGGUGAAGUUAUGGACCUUCAGCAAGGAAGUGCUUAUAUCCCAGGGUGUAAAAUAAAUGGAGGAUCAGAUUAUGAAAUAACAAAGGACUCAACGAUUUGCGUAAUUACUGCCGGUGCCAGGCAGAAGGAGGGACAAACUCGGAUAGAUCUUGUCAAUCAGAAUGUAGGACUUUUAAAGCAUAUCAUUCCCAACUUGCUCAAGUACAGCCCAAAUGCAAUAAUUUUAUUGGUGACAAAUCCAGUCGACGUUUUAACUUAUGUUGCAUGGAAGAUCAGCGGCAGACCUUUAGGUACUGUAAUAGGUUCAGGGACAAGUCUUGAUACAGCCAGAUUGAAGUAUUUAAUUUCUGAAAAGGUCGGCAUUAAUACUCAAGCCAUUCAUGUUUGGAUUAUUGGAGAACAUGGGGAUAGUAGUGUUCCAACUUGGUCGAAUCUUCAAGUUGCUGGGGUAAACUUGAAAGAUCUCAGCGAUACUUCAGGCCUGAAAAACACCGAGAAACUUAAUGAACUGCAUUUUAAUGUAGUUAACAGUGCGUACGAAAUUAUAAAUCUUAAAGGAUACACUUCCUGGGCAAUCGGACUGAACAUAGCCGACAUCUGUAAAUCAAUAUUGCACGACACUAAAAACGUUCAUGCUGUGUCUACACUAGUAAAAGGUUUUCACGGUGUCAACGAGGAGGUUUUCAUGUCUUUGCCAUGCGUUCUUGGAAAGGGAGGAAUUUCACAUAUAAUCCCGUUAAAUAUCAGCGACAAUGAAGAAGAUGCUUUCGUCAAAGCAGCGAUGAAGUUGUGUGAAGUCCAAGAAAGUGUCGCACUUUAAAAAAAAAUCUUAAUAUAUUUUAGAAUAUACUGUUACAUUAACCUGCAGAGGGUGUAUUUAUGAAAAUAACAAAAUUU